UAUUUGAAACUUCUCUCUUUCUUCGAUCAUCAUCUUCCUCCUACUAUCACCCGUAUCUUCUCUGUCGUCUCUGCAAAUCAGGUUUUUUUUCUUUCACUUCUCCUCUCAGUUUUCACCCACCGCCGUGUCAGCUGGUUUUUUCCGGAUCUGACCCAUAUCCCGUGUCGGAUCGUGUCGACUCGGGUACGGUACCCUAUAUUGCCGAGUCCGGGUAAUGAAGAGCAGAGCCCAGUAGCAUCAACGGCUUUGCUUUUGUAGCAAUCAAACUCAGUGAGUCUCUUAGCAGAGACGUUUGAAGAUACCAUGUCUGCUGAGAAGACACCGAUUGACGGAUCUUCUUCUGCUAAUACUCUCCUUCAACUCCAUCAACUGCUAACUUCAUGCUCCAAGUCGAUAAGCGGUGGAAACUUUAGUCAAUCUCAAACCUCAGUGUCAAAGCUCAUCAACUUUCUCGAUUCCGUGUCAGACGCUUCCAUUUCAGAGCUAGAGCCAGGUGCAAAGGAGAAUGCAUUCAAAAUUCUCUCUGGAAUUUAUGAAUUUUUGUGCUCGCCUUCUCUAAAUCAGGAGAAUAUUGAUGCUCUUUCUUUUGAGUUGCCAAAGUCAGCUUCAAAAUUUGCAGGAGUUUCGCCUCAGUGUUUGGAGAUUUCUGAUAAUAUUAUUCAUCGAUUUAUAGAAAAAUGUAGUCCUCGUGACAUGCUUCCGAUUCUUUGCGAGGCAUUAGAUUCUCCAAAUAAGACAGUUCAAGCUGCUACAUAUGUUUGUCCUCUUAUAAGUGGACUUUCAGAUGUGUUUAUUUCCCUUCAGAGGCGCCAUUUUGAACAAAUUAAAGUUGCAGUGCCAGUUGUUGUUAAAGUUGUCAAAGCCAUUUCUACCGAAUCAGACUAUGAAGAUACAGAACUGGAGACUUUGUUUGAGAGAAUUGUUGUAAAUGCUCUCUCUAUACAAACAGUUUGUAGAAAAUUGGAGGAUGGAGAAAAUGAAAAGCUUCGAGCUCUACUUGGUCUAUAUGUCUUGCAAAUCUUGGCAUUGGUUUCAGUUAGCCGUAAUUAUCUUCACUUUGCAUUGCGACUGGCAAGCAUCCUUCCUUAUUCUGGUAUAUCUGGCCUUGGUUUGAUAACUGGAUAUAGUGUUGACACAAUGUCUCACAUUGUUAUUGGAGAGGAUGAAGAAGAUUGUUCGAGCUUUUCAUCCCAUAUUUAUCUUGGUGCAUCACUUUCAGUGGUUUGGGCACAAAAGCAUGAUGAAUUUGCUCAAGCUGCAAAGUUUGAUUUUGGUGCUAUUAAGACAGAACUUCAAAAUAACCCGACAAAAAGAUGGCAAGCAGUUGGCAUGUUAAAGCACGUAUUUGCAUCUAUUGAUCUUCCAUGGGAAUUUAAGAGAUACACUGUCGAUUUCUUGCUUUAUAUAACAAGUGGAGAUAUCUCCAAUAAGUUAGGGCAUAAUGAUUGCUCUCUUUACAUGACUAGCCUUUUUUCUUCUUUGCAGGCACUUACAAUGAUUAUCAUAUAUGCAUCAGAUACAGUGCUAAGGAAAAAUGCCUUCGAAGCACUUAAAAGGGUUUUGGGUGAUAUUCCAAAUUCUCAGAGAUUUGACAUUUUAAAAGCUCUAAUUAAAAAUAGUGACUCCUCCUCUAUGGUUGCAAUUCUUCUUGAUCUUGUUAGAGGGGAAAUGCACAGAGAGCGUAUCCUGAGAACAUCACUACAGAAAAAUGAAGCCUUAGAGGCUGACAGUAAAACCUGUCAAAGCACUUUAUUUUGGAGUACAAGCAUCCUUGAAUUGGUUGAGUCAGUUUUGAGGCCUGACACUGGAGGGCCACCAAUCCUUCCUGACAAUAGUGAUGCUGUUCUAUCUGCCCUUAACCUGUACAGAUUUGUAUUGAUGACAGAAGCAGCAGAAAAAACCAACUACACUGGAUUGCGGUCCAAGAACAAUUUGCAGAAGGCAUAUAAUGAAUGGGUCCUACCUCUACGAAUGCUUGUGGGAGGCAUUGCAGCAGCGAAUAAGAAUGAUAUUGAUCAACAUGCAGUUGACACCGUAUGUGCUCUGAAUCCACUUGAGUUGGUUUUGUAUCGGUGUAUCGAACUCGUUGAAGAAAAUUUGAAACAUUUAGCCUAGCAUGCUCGAGUGUUUGGUGCUCAAGCCAUUUAUUGGGGAAUUCCUCACAACAUCUAAAGCCAUUAUAUCGAAGUAGGCAAUGCUAAUACAGUAAUAUUGUUGUUCCAAUGUGGGAUGUUGUGUAGUAACUGUCUUGUACCCAUGAAUGAUCAUGGUCAAUUUAAACAUUUUUUCACAGCUCCAAAAAGUCAACUAAAUUUGGUUUAAA